AUGCGAUUCUUACAGGCGGUUCUUAAUUCAGUUCUAUGUUUUUCUCUAAUAAAAAUCUUUCACAGAUUCCCACCGGAUCGUAAAAAAAGAGAUCAUUGGUUAGAAAGUCUCGAUUUAACUCCGAAAGAUUACCAUAAUGGAGCAAAGGUGUGUUACCGACACUUUAAAACGUCGGAUUACUCACACAACAAUCCUCGACAGGCGCUGAAGAAGACUGCCGUUCCAGCCCUAAAGGUUGAAGAUGAUUCUGAUGCGGAAAGUCUCGACAUAGAUACUGCUCUGGAAAAGCUCAACGAAGUGACAUCAUCAGAAAGUGACGGUGGUGGUGACGUUGAUGAUUAUAUAUCUGCAGAAGAAUUAAGUAUACCAUCUUCUGACGAUGAGCCGCCGAAGCCAGCUAAAAAGAGGAAGAAAACUGCCAUAAAAAAGAAUCAAGACGCAAAGGUUAAGAAAGAAGUUAAAAAGAAUGCUAAGGUUCCGAAGGCUGUUAAGAUAUCUGAAGAAGAUUUGAAUACACACUUAGGGCUUCAGGUGUGUCGUAUUUGCUUGGUCACCGGCUGUAAAAUGUUCUCGAUGUCACAUUACAACUUGGAGAAUACCUAUCUCCUGCUGACUGGAAUCACGGCGGAAAUGUUUGACUCCUCCAAAAUGCCUCAAAUGCUCUGCUACGAGUGUCUCCAAAGACUCCUGAACUUCAUAGAGUUUAGUACUAAGAGCCUUACCUCGUGGACGUGCCUUAUGGAGCUCAUUGAAGGAGAUAUCCUAACAAUGGACACCAUAAAGAACAUCAACCGCAAGCAACAUUUACUAGAAACAAAACUGGCUCUAACCGUAUUCGAACCCAACCACUUCGACUUGCAAGUGGAAGAAUACGAGGAAGAAAUCGGCGACCAAAAACUAGAAGACAUAGACAAAGAAAUGUUAGAAGACACCAUAGACAAAGAAAUAGAUGAAACUAUAGACAAAGAAAUAGAUGAAACUAUAGACAAAGAAAUACUAUACCUAGAAGACGGCACCAUAGUCGAAACAGAAUACCAAGAUGGCGAAACCAAAGACAAAUCAGCGAGCGAAGAUGAUGACGACCUCGCAAAACACGAAUCCGACUUUGGUUUGCAAAAUUCUGACGACGAAAACGAUAUUGAUAAAAAUUACGAUUACAGUGUAAGAAAAACUAAUAUAGUAACGCAAUACGCGAAAGAGUUUAACGAAAUGUUUGAAGUUAUUAAAAUGACAGAAGAAGACGCGAGAGAUGAGAUCAAUAAAAGGAAGUUUACUGAUCAUUAUAAAUCUCUUCGGCCCAAACAUGUCUAA